AUGGAAGAAAAAAUUAAGUUACUCUUUUAUUUUAAAAUAAUCACACUGCUGCUUUUAAUUUGGAUAUGUAAUUUUUACAAUUAUAUGGUUAUCCAAAAUAAAUAUUUGGAUAAGGGGAACUAUAUAGAUGAAAAAGUAUGGACAAGAACUAAUCGUUUACUAGCAAAGCAUAAGUAUGGAAAGUGUUCAAAUAUUGUAUGGAUAAAACACGAAAUUCCAUAUAAUGGAGAAUACGAAAAGAAAGAUAUGUCUAAUAAUGAAAAAGUAUCUACAGGAAAAUAUAAACUUCUAAACGAAUGUUCAUUAAAUAAUAAGAGAGACUACGGGAAAUCUGGGAGAAGUAAGUCUUCUGCUAGAAACGCAAGAAAUUCAUAUUUUGGAAAAAGAAUGUUAGAUAAAAUAUACUAUAAAAAUAAGUUGAGGGCUGCUAUAAAUUCAGAUUUUAACUUUUUGAGAAAGGAUAUAUCACAAAAAGUAGUGAUGCUUACUGUUUUAUAUAGCUUUACAAUAAUAUUUGCAUUACUAAUAUUUAUUUUAAGAUAUAUAUUUUUAAAGAAAGGUGAACAAUUUGGAAUAUCAAAUAGUUUAAAUAUACAUAGCACAAGUAUAGCUUUAUUGGUAAUCGCGAUUAUAGUUAUACCAGUAAUGAUUUAUAUCGGCAAAAAAAUGUUAUGUAAUGUAAAGUAUAUAUAUAAAAAGUGUGAAAUAAAUAACACAGCAUAUCCUUCUUUCAGUAAAGUACUUUUUUUGUAA